GAGACAUUGCAAAUAUGUAGGAGUAAUCGAGUUUAAUAUGUCAAUUAAUACAUAUUUUUAACCAUUUCAGUGGUUGAAAGGUGUAGUGAACCAAAUUGUAUCUUGAAAAGAGACCUAGAUUAACCAAUAGCUUUUAGACACAUUUGUUAGUCAUAUUUUUAAGUCCUGUUUCGCGUUGUGGGUGUCAGGAUCUUCUAACAAUGGGGAGACCAUGGGAUCUGUCCGUGGUACAUAGCCUAGUGGUAGUUACUGUAUUGGCAUGUGUAUUGUGUGAUCCGUCAUCGUUACUGUCUGAUAUUCCUGUAUCAAAACCUAAUGAGGGACUUUCAACAGCCUCAGACACUUUAGCUAAAGAAGGGGAGGCAAUCAGCUUGGAUGGUCUAAGCGUUGAACAGUUGAAGCAAGCACGGGAACAUGCUGAAAAACGACAGUUUGAGGCUGAGGUUGAUCGCAUGAUGAAAAUAAUAGUUAACUCUCUGUACAAAAAUAAGGAGAUCUUCCUUAGAGAAUUAAUAUCAAAUGCAUCAGACGCUCUGGAUAAGAUUCGCGUUCUUUCGCUUACUAACAAUGAAGUUCCUAAUGAGUCUGAAGAAAUGAGAAUCCGAAUAAAAGCCAAUAAAGAUGCACGGACACUUCAUAUAAUAGACACAGGCAUAGGCAUGACAGAAGCUGAACUUACCUCUAACUUGGGAACCAUUGCUAAGUCUGGAACAUCUGAGUUCUUGACUAAGAUCUCUCAAAGUAAUACGGCCACAGAAAAGUCUGACCUUAUUGGCCAGUUUGGUGUUGGGUUCUACUCCUCUUUCUUAGUUGCAAACAAAGUUUUGGUUGUAUCCAAGAGUGAUAAUGAUGACCAGCAUAUCUGGGAGUCCAAUUCCACUUCAUUCGUAGUUUACAAAGACCCACGUGGAAACACCCUUAAACGUGGGACUGAAAUUGUCCUUUACUUAACGGAGGAGGCAGAAGAUUAUUUACAACCCGAAACUCUUAAAGAAGUUGUGAAAAAAUACAGUCAGUUCAUCGAUUUCCCCAUUUAUGUGUGGUCGAGUCGGGUGGAAUCGCAGGCUGCUGAACCCGAAGAAAAGGAGGAGUCAAAAACAGCUGAUUCUGAAGCUAGCGUUGAAGAAGAAAGUGGAAAAAAAAGUGAAAGCAAGACCGUAGACAAAGUCGUCUGGGACUGGGUACGUGUGAAUGAAAAUAAACCUAUUUGGAAACGCAAACCGGCCGACGUUACUGAUGCGGAGUACAAUGAUUUAUUCCGUGCCUAUUCGAAUGAUAAUGACGAUCCUCUCGCCAAGAUUCAUUUCAGUGGUGAGGGAAAUGUGUUAUUUAGUUCAAUACUGUAUAUACCAAAACAUCUUCCCUCUAACAUAUUCCAGAUGCACAGUACUCAUAGUGAUAGGAUCAAGUUGUACGUUCGUCGUGUAUACAUUGCUGACGCAGCCGAUGAUCUGCUUCCUAAAUACUUGGCAUUCGUUUUUGGUAUAGUGGAUAGUGACGAACUUCCUCUAAAUGUUUCUCGUGAAAUGCUGCAGCAAAACAAACUCCUUAAAUUGAUAAAGAUAAGAUUGGUCAAGAAAGUUCUCCAGAUGAUUAGCGAACUUUCUGAAUCUCAGUUUAAAAAUUUCUGGAAGGAAUACUCUGUGAAUAUAAAACUUGGUAUAAUUGACGAUCUUCCAAAUCGCACUAAGUUAUCCAAGUUCCUACGGUUUUGGACUUCAAACAGCACUGAAAACCAAUCAAGUCUUGCAGAUUAUGUUUCACGCAUGAAAAAUGGUCAGGAAGAUAUAUACUAUCUUACCGCAUCUUCAAUAACUGAGGCGAAGUCAUCUCCAUUUGUAGAAAGGCUAAUCAAGAAAGGCUAUGAAGUCAUUUAUAUGAUCGAUCCUGUUGACGAGUACAUGCUUCAGUCGCUAACUGAAUAUGAUAAGAAAAAGUUACGAAAUGUGGCAAAGGGAACGAUCGAAAUCGACAAAUCGGAAGAAGCAAAGACUCGUAAAGAAGAACUAGAAAAAGAAUUCAAACCUCUCUUGGAAUGGUUUAAGGAAAAUUUGAAAGAAUAUGUCGAUAAAACUGCCUUGUCAGAAAGAUUAUUGAAUACUCCAUGUGCUCUUGUCGCUAAUGAAUUCGGUUGGUCCGGAAAUAUGGAGCGCAUUAUGACUGCACAAGCAUAUCAAAGGGGUGGAGAUCCAUCAUCUACUUAUUACUCUACUAUGAAAAAGGUCUUUGAAAUUAACCCACGCCAUCCAGUAAUGAAAAAGUUAAACGUUCUUAUAAAGACCUAUAAAGAUGAUCCUACAAUAAGUCAUACUGCGAAUUUGCUCUUCGAUGUUGCGGUCCUUCGUUCAGGUUUUUCUGUUAAGAACCCUGUUGCUUUCGCAGAACGAGUUGAAUCUGUUGUAAAGAAAAGUUUAGAUAUUGAUCAAAGCGAGUUGCUGGACGAAGAACCUGAGACUGAUGAGGAGUCUGUAACGGAUGAAGGGAAUAAAGAGUCGAUUUCAAAUGAAGAUUCAACGAACGAAAAGUCAGAAGCAUCUUCGCAAAUUGAUGAAAAUCAACCAAGUUCACCAAAGGAUGAGCUUUGAACGCAUUUGUAUUAUCUCGCCGAUCCUGUCCCCACUUUUCAUUGUUUUUGGACUCAUCUUCAAAUUUCCAAACAGCCUUUAUCCGCAUGUGACUUGCAUGUUUUCUUGAAGACGUAGGAAUCGUUUGUUGUUCAUCUCGUUUUGAAUUUAGAAAUAUACUUUUGUAUGCAUU